GGUCUAGUUUACUUCUGAUGGGAAAGUUGCAAGUUUCCGAAAAGUUUUCGCGCACCUUGUUAUGUUUUGGUCUAAAAUGAGGCUUUACUCCUGACUGAUAAAGUUUCUCACUGAAAGAACUCUGUCCGGCCUGGAUGAUCAAACUCUGACUGAGCUCCAUGGAGACGAAGCAUGAGCCCUGCAGCCCUUUCGUCCAGCGCCCCAACAGUUUGAGGAAAACUUGUGCCGAGAUAGUCAGAGAAGCCCGACUGUCUCUGCAAGUUCAGUCCACGAAGCGACCUUUUACUCCAAGAGAUGGACAGAGGCAGCUUUUUGGAACAAACUCUGUUCGAGCACACCAAGACACCAGACCUCCAUCAGCCUUUAGUCUUCAUGCCCAGAACUUUGAAGCUAACUCCAGGCCCGGCUCAGGGACUCGCCUCUCACCCCUUAACCAUAAACCAAAGAUUCAGGUCCCCUGUGAUGCUGAGGAUUCGUUUAAGGUCUUUCCUAAAUCCCCCACUGGGCCGGUGGAAGCAAAGAAAGGGUUGGCACCAGCUCGGACCCGCCUCCUCAAGCCUGCAUCUCUUCAGUCGCUGCUGCCUUCAGAAGCAAGCACAGAUGGGAAAUCAAAUCCAGGCCCAAAGAAAAAGCAGCUGUCUGCUAAACAACUUUGUAGUCCAGAUCCCAUAGGUCAUGUAAAACCCAGCCCACCCAAAACACUUUGUAAAAGCAGUAAAAAUACCGAGGCUGAGCGAGGCAGACCCACUGGCUUCAAAGCAGAACAAAAAACAGAGCUGAGGUAUGGAGACAUCACCACAUGCACUGAUGAGGAGGAUGCAGAGUCACUGGUGUGGAAUAAUGUGAUUCUUCCUCUUCUUCAAGAGCUGGAGAGUGUGGCUGCAGGCAGCUUGGAGGGCUCAGUGGACCGCAUGUGUGUCCUGUGUGACCGUCUGCAAUGCACCUUGGCUGACGCGGACAUGCUCAGCCGACGCUGUAAGCAGAGGUCUGGGAUCCUGCGAACUCUGUUCCGCCUUGUUGAUCUCCACUCUGCCCAGCUCAACCUGCAUAUCGCAGAGCUCUGCCUUGCACUCAGUGUGAGUGGAAACAACCUGCUGAACAUCUGCAAGCUCAUCUUCCAGAUCAGCCGCAGUGAAAGCAACGACAGCCUCUUUGAGAAAAACUCCAUCAUUGAUUCAUUGCUGUUGGUGCUGAAGAAUGAAGAUGUGUCUGUUUCUGGCGAAGCCCUACUCUACUGUGUUGGUACUUUAAAGUUCCUCUCUGGAAAUGCUGCGAUCCUCAGGCUCCUACUGGCCAAGAACUGCAUUGGUGUUGCACAGGAACUCAUCCAGAAGCUCUGUAUGGUGGAAGACGGCCACAUGACUGUAGCAGGACACAUCCUCGUACAGCUGACAGCCACCCUGAGGAACCUUGCAGAUCAUCCUGAUUCCCGCACACUGUUUGUUUCCCUCUACGUUAUUCCAGACCUGUGCUUGGUGUUGCAUCGUUACUGCGAGGACAAAGAUAUCUGCACUAACAUUUCCAGAAUUUUCAGUAAACUCUCCUCUUACUCCGAGUGCUGUCUCGCUUUGGCCCGGACCCCCAACUGCUACUCUCUAAUUUUAGAUCUGCUGAGCAAACAUUACCAAAAGCAGGACCUCGUUGUACGUCUUCUCUUCACCCUCGGGAACCUGACAGCCAGAAGCGACGAGCAUCGGCAGCAGCUCUUUCAGUGCAACAACUGCAUGCCCACUCUUCUCCAACUUUAUAACAAUUACCAGAGGAGAAAUGUAUCAUUAGGCACAGCCUUCCAGAAAGAGGCGCCUUCCCCUAGAGAACCUGCUGCUGAUGCUCUGAUCGACGAUGUGCUGGUGAAGCUGGUUAGGGUGCUGGCAAACAUGAGCAUCCACCCAACAGUUGGUCCAUCACUGGCUACUAAUGCAGCAUGCAUUCAGCUUCUGAUGGAGACAUUAGAGCUGAGGUCUGUAGAGGAGAGCGAGGAGCUACUGGUGAAUGUCGCUGCUGCCAUUAACAACCUCUCCUUUUACCAAGAAGAAACCUCUGAAAUCAGAAACAAGCAUCUCAUCAUCGCAAACUCGAUGCUGAAAUUGAUGCUUAGUUCAAGCAUGGACGCCAUAUUAGAAGCUACUCGUGUUUAUGGAAACUUGUCCCUACAUAAGGAUGUGAGGGAGUUUGUCAUGCAAAAUGAAGUGCACAAGUUUGUGGUGACUCUGCUUGACUCAAAGAGAGCCGAGAUGUGUUUUUCCGCCUGCGGGGUCCUGACCAACCUUGCUCUGGACCCUCCCAACAGGGUUCGUCUUGAGCUGGAGGGGGCUUCUGCAAAGUUGGUGGACUGUCUGAGGGAUUUCGGGCCAGCUGACUGGCAGUUGGCAGGCCAGGCCUGUCAGGCCCUGUGGAACCUGAUUGGUCACGGCGCCGACAAGCUGCUUCAGACAGAGGAGAGAGAGACGCUGCUGGAGAUCCUCAUCGCGUACUCAGAUGAAGAGGAGGCUCUGAAGUGGAGACAGAAUGAAGAUGAGCCGGAUUUCCACAGAGUGUGCUGGGAGUCAGAGUUUUUACCAGUUGCUCAAAAAUUGAUAAAGGUAUUCGAUUCCCGAGGAAAUGAGGGCUUGACACGAUCAGUUUUGAUUGCCUAGAAACGUCUGGUUUGUUUUCAUCCAACAUGCUGAGUACAGAGAGCUCCUGCAGAAAACAUCAGAAAAAAGAGCUGCUCAUCAUCCAGCUGACGUCAGUGUUCAGAAUGACUGAAAGCUGCUGUUUUUCACAGAGGAUGAGGUCACAAACAUUUUUACAGGAACUUCAGGUUGGGAACAUGAAACGUGUGGUGGUUAAUAAUUAAUGAGUGGACAGAACAUAAAAUGAAGUCUGAUAAACGUGUGUAUAUAUUUUAUAUUCUUUAAAGGUGUGAAUUACUGUAAAUAUUGUAUCUACUCUGUUUAACUCCAAUGAAAUUAUUUAUUCUAUACAGUAUUUAAACUAACUGACUUGUUUCAGUUACUCUGGACCUUAGAUGAACUUUUCAAGCUUUUAUCCAUGUAGACUUCAUUUCAUUCUGUGUGGUAGAUACUGAAAUGAUAAUGUAGACUUCAAAACAAUUUAUCUCCUGGAAUAAAGAUUGUACAGUAACAGCUGGACAUUAAGAACUUGUGUUUGGAGAAGUAGUGUAGAAAACAAGUAGUGUUUUAGUCGGGACCAAGACUUUAUAUGGUCUUGGUCUCUAAAGGCCUCGUCUCUGUACCCCUUGGUCUUGGUUGGUGUGGUUUUGACUUAAACACUAAAAACAAGGAACGAGUCUUUAGUCAUUUGCUUUGUUAAAGCAUUUAUUGUUACACAGAUAAGGGGCAAGGCAAAUGUGCACAAGCUGCACUGAACAGCCAGCAUUUCAUAAGUCACAUUACUUAAAAAAUAUAAGAGAAAUGUCACUUAAAGUUAUGAUAGUUUCCCUCACUUUCAGCACAAUAGUGACCUGUAAUAAGCACAAGACAAGCCCAUGCUUAGAAAAAAAAACCUAAAAGAAU